AUGCAGGUACUUUGGUUGCCCAAGGUGGCUUCCGGAUCCUCCACCCUGGCAUCCUCCGGUGCCGCCCAAAUCGCCGGGCACAUUGCAAAUCUCACCUCCAGCCUGGUCAAUCAACUGCCACCCUCUGUCCAGACCACCAUCGACAGCGCCUCGCAGUACAUCGAGUCAACCACAGGCGUCAACCCGACCGUCUUCUACAGCAGCGCCGCCGCCGCCGCCGUCUUACUAGGUGCGAUACCCACUGUCUACGCAAAGUCCACCUCUUCAAGAUCGGACAAGGACAGAGACGCAGGCGGGAAGAAAAUGUCUCGGUAUGGCUGGUCGUCUGGCCGUGACCGAGGUGGCCUCUCGCCCUUCAACUCGAGCUUGGGAAGAGAUGGUGUGCCCGCGGUGACAGACGACGAUUACAGCUACAUCACGUCCGAGGACUUGGAGAACCACGGCGUGGAAGGAAGAGAGUAUAAGAGAGAACCUGUGGAUAGGAGCCGGCACUACACACGAUCAACCGGUGGCCCCUCCCUGGUGAUUGACGAGGACGACAUUCUCCUCAUCAAGAACAAGGGCAUCACCUACCCGGAACACUUCCCCGCAUAUAGUAUCGGCGACGGCAAGCUGCUUGUGGGCGACGUGCGGGAGCGGGCGCAGAUGGUCAUGAAGUUGUCAGAUCGCAAGGCCCGCAAGAUAAAGCUGCUGUACAAGGGGCGCCAGCUGAAGAUCGACGACGAGCCAAUAUGCGAGUUCGGCGUCAAAAACAACAGCGAGAUCCUCGUGGUCCUUCCCGACGGCGACGACGACUCGAGCACGGAGAGCAGCGAGGAAGUUGUCGUGGUGGGGUCCAAGGACGCGGAGGGUGGCCGGUCCAAGAAGUCCAAGAGCGGCAAGAAGAGGAGGAGCAAGAAGAAGGACAGGAGCAGCACCAGCCCCCGCGACAGCGGCGGCCUCGAAGUCCCUAGGAAUGACGGCGCCGGCACGAGCAGGCCGCAGUCCCCGGCGUCAGGCGUCUCCGGUGGCAGCGCGGCCGCGGCGCCGGGCGGGCCAAUCGACAAGCUCAACACCAUAAAAUCGCACUUCACCACCCAGCUGCUGCCGCUCUGCUUGCAGUACACCGCGAACCCGCCGUCGGACCCGAAGAAGAGCGAGGAUGAGCACCGCAGGCUGUCGGAGACGGUCAUGCAGCAGGUGUUGUUAAAGCUGGACGAGGUUGAGACGAACGGAGAUGAGGACGCGCGGGCCAAGCGGAAGGAGCUCGUGCGGAUGGUCCAGGACGUCCUCAAGGGGCUUGACGACGCCAAGGGAUCCUGA